CAAUAGUUUUUUUAACCAUUUUUAUUUUAUUUGGUAUAUAAUUUUUUUUAAAUGACCCGCUUUCAAGUUAUUUUAACGACAAAAUCAGGAAAAGUGUGGUCCGCGUGUGUUUUUAACUCAUCUCAAUUAGUUCUCUGUAUAAUAACCAUCUUUUACUUAUUCAAAAUCAAACAGCUCAGUCACUGUCCGAAUCAGGAGCGUCUGUGAAGUUUACUUUCUCAAGUCAUGUUAUAGAUUCUCAUUUGGAUUCACCUGUAGGCUCUUUCUGAAACACGCGUAAGCUCCGAUUUUAACUAUUACAUUGUGGCUCCGGCUGUAUGUUUUGGGUCAUUAUCCAGUUAGAUGGUGCACUUCUGCUUACUCCUCAGUCUUUUGCAGCCUCUAACAGCUUUUCCUCCAGAAUCGCUCUCUAAUUAACUCCACCUGUCUUCCCUAUCAACUGGCCAAUUUUAAUUGUCCUUACUGAAGAAGCACAUCGUAUAUUAUUCAUCAAAGCUUAAACACGUUUAGCAUAGUUUUUGUUUCUAACAUUGUACUGGUUGUACUUCUUUGGGUUGCAGCAGCAAGGUCAUCUUCCCAACAGAGUCUGUCAAUGUGCGACAAUCGACUGGACCUGAUGAUUCGUCGAUCCACCUCCUGUCUGUAUGUUGACUCGUCACCUUACUGGAUCAGGCCAAUGACAGCGGCGUGUUAUCCGCAAAGUCCAAGAGUUUCACAGGCAGGUUUGUUCAACAAAGAAAUGAGGCGCAAACCAAACGUUGGAGAUUUUAGGCUUGGUGGCAGAAACACCAUGGUGGGAGUCUUGUUGCUGGGUGUGUCCGCGUUCAUCCUCCAUGUUUCUGCAGUCGAAGAGCCCAGCGUGUGCCUGUGGCCGAACGGCUCAGAAAUCAAAGUGGAGCAGAAAGGGAGCAACGUCACCAUGGAGGGGUGUGUCACGCUCAAUGUGUCAGAUCUUCCAGGCAACUUUACAUCAAACGAUGGCACAGAAUCCUCCACAAAUGGUGCGUGGAUAUGGAUUGUUGUGUCGUGCUGCGUUGUUCUUCUGCUCCUGAUUCCUCUAAUUUGGUUCAUUCAACGCAACAGACACCGGAUGUUUUCCACUCGGAGCUGCUGGCCACUUUCUAAAGCGAACAUCCCAGCAGUGCCGCCGCCUGUGACCAAACAGGAUGCGACGGAGGUGCAGUGGGACCUGUCUUGGAUGGAGAUGUCCAAUCUGUUAGAUAAGCAGCUAUAUCCUGGCACAUAGAAGGUCACCCAGAGGUCACGCACAGCAGCUAGUUCAUUUUGUGGGACAACCAGUCGGAGUAUCCACUCAUUGACUUAAAAAAAGUUAAUCGCACAGAAAAGGUUUAGUUAGUGGCAGAUUAGUACUUAUAAGUUGUUCAGCAGUUACUGGAGCACCUGACAGUAAGUCAAAACAGUGGCACAGCACAGCAUAGAUGAAUCAGACAGUUAUAAGGACUUUGACUAAUGGGGUUCAAACUGUGGGCUUUGCAUGAGGUGGAGUGGUCACAUUGUACAAUACCCUUACAUUAUUAGUAACCCCUAAAUAUGUGGGUUUAAAGUAAUCUUCAGCGUCAAAUGUAAAAGAUUCUUUUAAUUUAACCAGCAUGUGUCUUUAGAGUUCAAGUAUUGUUUCGGCUUGGCUCACACAAAGUCACGUUUGAAUUUUGUUGAGGGUCUUUGGAGGGAGUUAAAAAUUAAGGUGCUGGCAAAGAGACCUUCCAACCUUAAUGUGUUGAAGCACUUUGUCAAAGAUAAAUCCUCAAAAUACCAGUGGAAAAACAGGAAAAAAAGCUGGUAAACAGUCAUGACAGGGGGUUUAGUUUUAGUAAUACCAUUAAAUAUUUUUCACCGACAAUUGAGAGGGGUAUUAAUAGUUUUUGAGACCUACUAUUUUUACAAAUGUAAACAAAUGCACUAAAAUUUUGAAUUGGUUUUUCUUUUACGUUGGCAAGGAUCUCUUGAGUGGCGCCUGUCUUAUUUCCUAUUAGAAAAUAAAACUUUCUUGGUUAUAUGAAAACAAUUUUAUUUUGAAACCUAUUAGCAAUUUUGAGCAUAAGUGUAGAUACUUUAGGUAAAAGUCACAGUGGUCAGAUGUUGGACCUGAUGACCUCCUGUGGGUAUCCACAUACAUCGUGAAGAUUCAAGCAACGUCAAACGGACCUCGCCAAAGGGAGAACGCCAUUCCAUCCGCACCUGCCAUCUUGAUGUACACAAUGGAUGAAACUUUCUGGAGACUGAUAUAAACCAUCAAGCCUGGAUUGAUGAAGAUUGGCUUCCUAUCGUUGGGUAUUUCCAAAGGGAUCAGCCCUGUUAGUGUUACACCAAGACACGCCGACCUUACUCUCAGCAUUAUGGGUAGAGAGCCAAAGGGUAUGGCCUGAGGUCACCUCUGACCCCUCUUACGGCUUUGCAGAGUUGAAAUCAGAAUAAUCAUGUCUUCAAGUUAGCAGAAAGAAAAGUAAAAAGUCUUCAGGCAAUUUUAUAAAUAUUCAGUCCGACUACUUUGCAUAUUCAGUAACUUUCCAAGAAAAAAAAAAAGAAUGGCCCUGGGGUUUUAGGUAACUGAAAGUGUUCUGAACCGCUUUCUGAAUAUCUGAUGCUCAAGACAAGCUGUGAGGAGAAAAUCAGAAUGAUAAGGUCAUAGUUGCAUCGAUAAGCCGACGGGAAUACACAAGUGAGGAAUCGUCGUUAUUGCAACGCUUCAUGCCGUCGCAUCAACGUUAAACGAGAAAGAAAAUAUGCCUGGAUAUUUUUCACAAAUGCCAGGGUAGGAAUUUGAGUGAUCCUGAUAGCCCCGUGUCCAGACAGCUGCAUCGUGUAUCCACUGCCUCAUUUCCAAAUGCAAUUCCCAGCCAUGGGCAGCAUAAUGUGAGGCGUUACCGUGGAGAUGAACUCUGACACCGUGGCGUUCUGCCGGACCGCCAUCACUGUUCUUGUUUUACCAACUCUACUUCUAAGCUGACUUGAUUUUGUAGCCACUGCAUAAACAUGAUAAGACCUCGAACACCUUAUUUCAUUUACGUCACGCUAUCUGGAUGAUUUACUUUCUUUCUAUCAGUGAGUAAAUUCUGCAUAUUUACAGACUUAAAAUCAGAGAGUGCUGCAGAACGUCAAGGGCAUUAUAUUCUUGUAUUUUUAAAAAAUAUUAUAUUAUUAUUCCUUUUAUUUAAUCCAGUUGAUUAAAUGAUGGACAGAAAAAAUACGUUUAACUGAAAGCAAACAUACAUACAUAGAGAUUUUAAAGUAAAAUGAGCACACACAAAAAUUACUUUGUCCUUUUGAAACUUUUUUUUUUUUGCUUUCUUUUUGUGCUUGAAAUGGACUAAGUUGUUUUCGGCAGAAGGUUGUCACAAGAUCAGUGUCGGCUCCCAAACCUGCUCUUGCGCCAGAUUCAUGAAAAUAUUAUUGAAAUGUCCAUUUAUUUCAGUAACUUUAUCACUAUAGAUAAACUACACACAGAUUUGAAAGCCAGUGUUGAUUUGAUUAUGAUGAUUCUCCAUUUACAGCUGAUGAAAACAUGACAUUGGAAACUGGAAUAUUAUAUCAGAUCAAUAAAACCUACUUUGAAACCAGAGAUGUGGGCUUAACGACAGGUAUGUUUAUGACCUGCUCAAAGGUUGUUAUUUUCAAAAUGUACUUUUAAUCCGACAAACGAGACUCAUCGGGACAGAUAUUGUCAUUUAUUGAAUAUGACUGUAGACGAAGAGCCAUUCAGCUCAGAACCAUGAAAACAAAAAUGAAGAAUAAGCACAAACGGAUUAGAAUGUAACUUUUCAAUAUUAAAAAUGUCAUCUCAAUUGUGAUUGAGCCGAUUCUUAUGUUUAAACCUGUUUAUUUUAUUUGUAUUAUUCUUCAAAAAUACGCCAUUUAAUAAUUCCAGUAAAAAUCUGCCAUGCAUGCAGAGAGUGCACAGGUCUGACAGCAAAAUAUGCCCAGAUACGUUUUGCUAUUUCUAGCUUUUUAAUAUUUCUUCUCUGACCAGUGCAUAGUAGGCCAAAGGACACGAUUCAAAAAGAGAAGGCCAGACGGAAGAAAGGAUGGGAAGCCAUCCUGGUAAGUUAAUGAGGACCUGCUGUAAAAAAAGAAGAAAAAAAAAGAUAGUUCUAACUUGUUUGAGCAUGCCAUAAAUCUGCAACCAGAGAUGUUUUAUGCUUUACAAAUUUGCUUUAUAGAUUUUGAAAAUUUUAAGAAAUGUACACAAAACCCCAGAGCAGACAUUAGCAGGGAAAACAAAGUAUGAAGGUAAACAAUCUCAGUGCGUCUGUCUUUCUCUCAUUCCUUGUUUAAUAUCUUUCUCAGUCGUCAGUCCUCCAGCUGCUGCCUGCAGCAUAAAAUACAGAAUUAAGUAUUUAAUAAAAAUGUGUCAGUAAUGGUAA